AUGGAAACCUGGGUGUUUUACCUGUUCUGGUCACUGUUCUCUUUGGAAUUCCUUUCGUGCUGUGUCCUACAGAUUGACUACUUCAACAAUCAGAUCAUUGUGGACCUUGUAGAGCAGCAGCACAAAGGAAUCAUUGCAAUCCUAGAUGAUGCUUGCAUGAAUGUCGGCAAAGUCACCGAUGAGAUGUUCCUUGAAGCACUUAACAGUAAAUUGGGCAAACAUGGUCAUUUUUCCAGCCGAAAGCUCUGUGCCUCAGAUAAAAUUCUGGAGUUUGAUCGAGAUUUUCGAAUUCGACAUUAUGCAGGUGAUGUAGUCUAUUCUGUCAUUGGUUUUAUUGACAAAAAUAAGGACACUUUAUUUCAGGAUUUCAAGCGCCUUAUGUAUAACAGUUCAAAUCCUGUGCUGAAGAAUAUGUGGCCUGAAGGCAAACUGAGUAUUACAGAGGUGACCAAGCGACCUCUGACUGCUGCUACCUUGUUUAAGAAUUCUAUGAUUGCUUUAGUAGACAACCUUGCAUCAAAGGAACCAUAUUAUGUACGUUGCAUCAAACCCAAUGACAAGAAAUCCCCACAGAUAUUUGAUGGUGAACGCUGCCGGCAUCAAGUAGAAUAUCUUGGACUACUGGAGAAUGUGAGAGUACGUCGGGCAGGAUUUGCCUUCCGCCAGACUUAUGAGAAGUUUCUUCACAGGUACAAGAUGAUCUCUGAAUUCACAUGGCCCAACCACGACCUUCCUUCAGAUAAAGAGGCUGUCAAGAAACUGAUUGAACGGUGUGGUUUUCAGGAUGAUGUAGCUUAUGGGAAGACCAAAAUUUUCAUUCGAACACCCCGAACAUUGUUUACCUUGGAAGAACUCCGUGCCCAGAUGCUUGUAAGGAUUGUCCUCUUUCUUCAAAAGGUAUGGCGGGGCACCCUGGCCCGCAUGCGGUACAAGAGAACCAAGGCAGCUCUGACAAUAAUCAGGUACUACCGGCGCUACAAAGUGAAAUCAUACAUCCAUGAGGUCGCUAGACGCUUCCACGGUGUCAAGACCAUGAGAGACUAUGGGAAGCAUGUGAAGUGGCCAACCCCUCCUAAAGUCCUUCGCCGUUUUGAGGAGGCCCUACAGGGGAUUUUUAAUAGAUGGAGAGCAUCCCAGCUUAUCAAGAGCAUUCCUGCCUCAGACCUGCCCCAGGUCAGGGCAAAGGUUGCAGCCAUGGAAAUGUUGAAGGGCCAAAGGGCUGACCUCGGGCUGCAGAGGGCCUGGGAGGGCAACUAUCUUGCUUCAAAGCCAGAUACACCUCAGACCUCAGGCACUUUUGUCCCUGUUGCUAAUGAACUGAAACGGAAGGACAAAUACAUGAACGUCCUCUUUUCCUGUCAUGUUCGUAAGGUAAAUCGAUUUAGUAAGGUGGAAGAUCGAGCAAUUUUUGUCACUGACCGUCACCUGUAUAAAAUGGAUCCCACGAAACAGUACAAGGUGAUGAAGACUAUCCCUCUAUAUAAUUUGACUGGUCUAAGUGUCUCCAAUGGAAAGGACCAACUUGUAGUUUUCCAUACAAAAGACAACAAAGACCUCAUUGUCUGCCUCUUCAGUAAACAGCCAACCCAUGAGAGUCGAAUUGGAGAACUUGUUGGAGUGCUGGUGAAUCAUUUCAAGAGUGAGAAGCGCCACCUUCAAGUGAACGUCACCAACCCGGUGCAGUGCAGCCUGCACGGGAAGAAGUGCACCGUCUCCGUGGAGACGCGGCUCAACCAGCCGGAGCCUGACUUCACCAAGAACCGCUCCGGCUUCAUCCUCAGCGUGCCCGGGAACUGACGGCCCCACGGCGGUUCUGGCCCGGGGCGUCCAUGCUGGCAGCCGGGUCCCAGCCCAGUCACCACAUGCCUGCUCAGCCGCUAGAAACCAGCU